AUGAUGUGGAAUAUCUGCAUAUUUAUCACUAUUCUUCUGUUGAUUCUUAACAAUGAAAUAUCAGCUCUUUCAUUCAAUCAGCCAAAAUUUUCUGCAACACCCAUUUGGGAUUCCAAUGGAAUUACCUUAGCCAAUCAAUCGAUUGUUGGUGAAGAUCCUCGCGUCAUUUUUGUGAACACAAACAACACAAUCUAUGUUGCUAAUAAAGAAAAUAGCACAAUUAUAGUGUGGCACGAAGAGAGUGUCAAUCCUGUAAAGAUCAUUCACGGUAAUUUUACAGUAACCCAGUCUCUCUUCGUGACAUCAAAUGGUGAUAUUUAUAUUGAUGAUGGAUUUAAAAAUGGUCGAGUGCAGAAAUGGCGUGUAGAAACAAAUACUUUCGCCACAGUGAUGAAUGUCAACUCAACAUGUUUUGGUUUGUUUAUUGAUAUUAAUGAUACUCUUUACUGUUCAAUGGCUAAUCAUCAUCAAGUAGUGAAAAGGUCAUUAAAUGAUCCUCCGACGACUUCAAAUCGUGUUGCUGCUGGAACAGGUACUUUUGGAUCAGCCUCGAAUCAACUCAAUAAUCCUCUUGGAAUCUUUGUCGAUGUGAAUUUGGAUUUAUAUGUGGCUGAUUAUCAAAAUAAUCGCGUUCAGUUGUUUCAGUCAGGAGAAUCAAAUGGCAUCACAGUAGCUGGAAGUACAUCACUCAAUCCAACAAUUACACUUAGUUGGCCAAGUGGAGUUAUAUUAGAUGCUGAGAAAUAUUUAUUCAUUGUGGAUUCUGGCAAUGAUCGUAUUGUUGGCUCAGGUUUGAAUGGUUUUCGAUGUUUAGUUGGAUGUUAUGGAGAGGGUUCACAAUCCAAUCAAUUAAAUAGUCCAUUUAGUUUUAGUUUCGACAGUUAUGGAAACAUGUUUGUUACCGAUCAAUUAAAUCAUCGAAUUCAAAAAAUUUUACUGAUGAAAGAUUCUUUUGCUCUUUCAUUCAAUCAACCAAAGUUUUGUCCAACAGCUACUUGGAAUUCCAAUGGAAUUACGUUUGCUAAUCAAUCAAUUAUUAGUGAAGAUCCUCGUGCUAUUUUUGUGAACACAAACAACACAAUCUAUGUCGCUAAUGGAGACAAUAACACAAUUCUAAUAUGGCAAGAAGAGAAUAUCGAUCCGACAAUGGUUAUUCACGGUAAUUUUGCAGAAUCCUUGUCUCUCUUCGUGACAUCAAAUGGUGAUAUUUAUAUUGAUGAUGGUGAUCAUAAUGGCCGAGUGCAGAAAUGGAGUGCAGAAACAAAUACCUUUGUCACAGUGAUGAAUGUGAAUUCAUCAUGUCAUGGUUUGUUUAUCGAUAUCAAAAAUACUCUUUACUGUUCAAUGGCUGGUCGUUAUCAAGUAGUGAAGAGGUCACUAAAUGAUUCUGUGAUGGCUUCAAAUCGUGUUGCUGCUGGAACAGGUAUUGUAGGAUCAGACUCGGAUGAGCUUUCUCAUCCUCUUGGAAUCUUUGUCGAUGUGAAUUUGGAUUUAUAUGUGGCUGAUUGUGGAAAUGAUCGAAUCCAGUUGUUCCAGUCAGGAGAAUCAAAUGGCAUUACAGUAGCUGGAAGUACAUCACUCAAUCCAACAAUUACACUUAGUUGCCCAAGUGGAAUCAUAUUGGAUGCUGAGAAAUAUUUAUUCAUUGUGGACUAUGGCAAUGAUCGUAUCGUUGGCUCAGGUUUGAAUGGUUUUCGAUGUUUAGUUGGAUGUUAUGGAGAAGGUUCACAAUCCAAUCAAUUGAAUAAUCCAUUUAGUUUUAGUUUUGAUCGUUCUGGAAACAUGUUUGUUAUUGAUGCAGGAAAUAAGCGAAUUCAAAAAUUUCAAUACUUGAAAGAAUCAUGUGGUCUGACGACAACAACAGCUAUGACAACAGCAAAAACGACAAUAACACCAAUGAAAACAACAACAGUAACAAUAACGACAACAACAGAAACAAUGAAAACAACAGCAACGACAACAACGGCGAGAACAACAGCAUCAGCAACAACGAUGGCAACAACAACACUAUCAACAACAGCAAUAAUGAAAACAACAGCAACGACAACAACAACAACAACAGCAACGACAACAACACCAACAGCGAGAACAACAGCAUCAGCAACAACGAUGACAACAACAACACUAUCAACAACAACAACAACAACAGCAACAACAUCAGCGACGACAACAACAAGCAAUUCAGGUGCUGUAACAACAUGGCUCUCGUCUAAAUUUGGGCAAUUUGCAUUAGUUGCACCAACUGCUCUUAUCUAUUUAAUCUACAUUCACAAUUAA